AUGAUUCCACGCCUGCUCCUCGCUCGGCCGCAGCUCGGCUCCCGGCUCCGCUCGCGGCUCCUCUGCUCGCCAUGCCGUCACGUCGAGUUCAAGCUUGCCCGGAGCAGACCCUCGUGCCCGGAGCGGCCCAUGGGCCUGACGCAGACUCUACGGACCUCGGCGGCGGCGCGGCAAGCUAAAACACGUCCCGAGGCCACGGCGGGUCAGGCUCGGCCGACGCAGGGCGGCGACCCCCUCGCGGCCGUCGACAAGUCGGCGACGGAGCAGCGCAAGGCCGACUGGGCCAUCAUGAGGGAGAUGACGCGCUACCUGUGGCCCAAGGACCAGCUCGGCACCAAGCUCCGCGUCGGCCUCGCCCUCUCGCUCCUCCUCGGGGCCAAGCUGCUCAACGUGCAGGUGCCCUUUUACUUCAAGACCAUCGUCGACUCGAUGAACGUCGACGUCGCCGCCGUCGGCGGGUCGGCCGUCGUCGCGGUCGGCAGCAUCAUCGUCGCCUACGGCGCCGCGCGCGUCGGCGCCACCGUCUUCCAGGAGCUGCGCAACGCCGUCUUCGCCUCGGUGGCGCAAAAGGCCAUCCGCCGCGUCGCCUGCAACGUCUUCGACCACCUCCUGCGCCUCGACCUCGGCUUCCACCUCUCCAAGCAGACGGGCGGUCUCACGCGGGCCAUCGACCGCGGCACCAAGGGCAUCAGCUUCCUGCUCACGAGCAUGGUCUUCCACGUCAUCCCGACGGGGCUCGAGAUCGCCAUGGUCUGCGGCAUCCUCACCUGGCAGUACGGCGUCCGCUUCGCGGCCAUCACCGUCCUCACCAUGGUCGCCUACACGGCCUUUACCAUCUGGACGACGGCCUGGCGGACCAAGUUUCGGCGCCAGGCGAACGCGGCCGACAACAAGGCCUCGACGGUGGCCGUCGACUCGCUCAUCAACUACGAGGCCGUCAAGCACUUCAACAACGAGCGCUUCGAGGUGGCGCGCUACGACGGCGCGCUGGCGGCGUACGAGCGGAGCUCCAUCAAGGUGGCGACGUCGCUCGCGCUGCUCAACAGCGGCCAGAACAUCAUCUUCUCGUCGGCCCUGACGGCCAUGAUGUUCCUCGCCGCCGACGGCGUCGCCGCCGGCAGCCUCACCGUCGGCGACCUCGUCAUGGUCAACCAGCUCGUCUUCCAGCUCUCGGUGCCGCUCAACUUUCUCGGCUCCGUCUACCGCGAGCUGCGCCAGUCCCUGCUCGACAUGGAGACGCUCUUUGGCCUGCAAAAGGUGCACGUCGCCGUCGUCGACAAGGCCGGCGCGAAGCCGCUCGCGCUGCAGAGGGGCGGUGGCGAGAUCCGCUUCGAGGACGUCACCUUUGGCUACCACCCGGACAGGCCGAUCCUGCGGAACCUGUCGCUCACCAUCCCGGCCGGCAAGAAGGUGGCCGUCGUCGGCGCCAGCGGCUGCGGCAAGUCGACGCUGCUGCGCCUGCUCUUCCGCUCCUACGACGUGCAGGCGGGCCGCAUCCUCAUCGACGGCCAGGACAUCCGCGACGUCGGCCUCGACUCGCUGCGGCGCUGCAUCGGCGUCGUGCCGCAGGACACGCCCCUCUUCAACGACAGCAUCGAGCACAACAUCCGCUACGGCCGCGUCGACGCCACGGCCGACGAGGUGGUGGCGGCGGCCAAGCGGGCGCGCAUCCACGACAUCAUCACGGCCCUCCCCGACGGCUACGCGACCAAGGUCGGCGAGCGCGGUCUCAUGAUAUCGGGCGGCGAGAAGCAGCGGCUCGCCGUGAGCCGGCUGCUGCUCAAGGACCCGCCGCUGCUGUUCUUUGACGAGGCGACGAGCGCGCUCGACACGCACACGGAGCGCGCGCUCAUGGCCAACAUCAACGGCAUCCUGCGCGAAAAGGGGCGGACGAGCGUCUUUGUCGCGCACCGGCUGCGCACCAUCUUCGACUCGGACCUCAUCAUCGUCCUCGACUCGGGCCGCGUGGCCGAGAUGGGAUCCCACCGCGAGCUCGUCGACCGUGCGGGCAUCUACUCGGCCCUCUGGAGCGCGCAAGAGAUGCUCCACUCGGACGACGACGACGUCGAUGCCGGCGGCGGCGAGGCGGCGAGGGAAGGGAGGGAGGCGGCCGCCGACCAUGGGCACGCCCCGACGAAGAGUCCACGGCGUUCCGUCGGACCGUCGUCGACCCUCGACCUCGAUGCGAUGCGAGGCCUCGACGAAGGGUGA